CCAUGACAUAUGGACUUUGACUUUUAGGAACUGUCAGAUGUGACAGGUCAUGGCGAAUAAUUUGUUUUUUUUUUCGUAACUGAAAAAGGCAUUAAUAGUUUAUUUAUUUUUUGAAUUAAAAAUGUGAUUAGACAACUGCGGACGUGACAGAAGUGCCAGCAACUGAAAUGUUUUUAAUUUUGUGAGAGGAAAAUAUUUUUAUUGACUAAGAGAUAAUUAAGAAAGCUAAUGAUGGACAUGGGGACACCAUCAUUUAAUAGUUAUAGUGGCACGUGAAGGAAGGGCCCACAGCUGAGGUGACCAUGUCCAUGGAUUCCCUCGGCACUGUGCUGGGGUUGCAAUGCGAUCCACUGAACUCCUUCACCAAGAUGUGGUAUCACGUCUUCCUGUGGGCCUUGUUCUCAUCUUUUCUUGUACAUGUAAUAGCAGCAUCUAUAGCUUUUCUAACGCUUAGGAAGCAUAAGUUUGGUAAAUUCUUUCCUAUACUAAUAGUUGUCAUGGGGGUUGUGACUCCAUUGAUAUCAGGAAUAGUUAGUAGUGCAGCUAUAGCUUCAGUGUAUAGAUUUUCAAGCCUACCCAUGCAGCCAUUGUAUGCCUGUUUUUGGGGUGUUGGACAAACAGUGCUGUAUUGUUGUGUAGGAUUCACAAGAAUACUGGCAACUCUAUAAUAUCAAAAACGAACUAUAUAAUAGUGACUAAUUAAUAAAUUAUAUUUUUUAAAUUAAGUGUAAUGGUGCUAAGGGCAUUUUAUUGUA